CUUUAAAAGUGACUUUCAAAUGUCCCCAGAACGACAAUGGUCGCGCGCGCGCGCGCGCACGCACGCACGCACGCAAACCUCAGUGGAAUAUUUUCAAAUGGUCUUUACGUUGACACGGUGUGUUUACGUGUGGAGAGAACGAGAGAGAGAGAAUCCGUGGGAGGAUGUGGCCGGGUCUCCUCCUCGCUUACAGUUUCCAAGCUGACACACACAACAGAUGAGCAACAACCAAAGACCCCGCCCCCGUUUGUCGGCAUAUAUUACACAUUUUAUCACUCAACGUCACCGAAUACAUUUGGCCUUCAGUCGAGAAGAAAUGCUGUUGGAGUGUUUAGUAUUCGGCUUGAUAUCAUGGUCUAUGACAGAGGGUCGCCAUGAAGUACAGGAGGUGUUUGCUGAGUCCAACUCCAAAGUUGUACUCCCGUGUGUUUGCAACGCUUCAUCUCCAGCCAUCACAUGGAGGAAACCCAACCAAGGUACCGUGUGGAGACAGGAGAAGAGCGGGAUGCAGUUCUGGGGCUCCAAAUGGCUGCAGAGAGGAGCCCAGCGUGUGCAAUGCCCUCACCCCCAGUUAGACAGAGGCGACUGCAGUCUGCACAUCAACAACGUCAGGGAGGACGACGGCGGCAUGUUUGUGUGCACGUUCAACAGCGGCGGACAGUCCAUGACACGCUCGGUUAGGCUGAGAGUCAUCACAGUGUCUUUCUCGUCGGUGUCCCCUGUGGCCGGGAUAAAGGUUUCCAUGCGCUGUGAUGUGUCACCUCAGCCUGUGGGUGCCAACGUGCAGUGGAGACUGAACAACAGCACAUUUGUGUCUACAAGUGGAGAGAACCCUAAAGCGGCUCAGUGGACUGUGGAGGAAACGGCCAGCGUGACCCUGACAGGAAAGUGGACUUGCGUGGUGGUCCACCAGGGCUUGGUGGGCCGAGCAUCUGCAGAUUUAACCGUGAAAGGAAUCAUCCAUCCAUCUAGAGAUGAUGUACAGAUGUACGCAGCUGUGGGAUGUGCAGCCACCCUCCCUUGUGUCUUCUCCCCUGGACUAAUCCCUUCUGAGACCAGCUGGCACAAACCUUCUGGUCCUCUUCCUCCUUCCUUUUUGUCUUCAUUGCCAGCUUUCAAACCUGCUUGGGACCAGUCGGCCCGGCUGGGAAAUGUCAGUCUUGAAGAUGAGGGGAUUUACAGAUGUGCAGGUGUGGUUGGAGGACAAAGCCUGUCUCGAAGGAUGCAGCUCGUCGUCGCUAAAGUUGGCCGCAGCGUCUCAUGGAGGAAAACAGUGGCACUGACAUGUCAGCUGACGGACACCAGCGAGGUCGCCCGUUACCAGUGGGUUCACGUGACCUUUGCCCCCAGCGGCACACCAUUGGUUGAAGCCAUCCAGGAAGGAAAGACUCUUUAUAUGACAAACGGGAACGAUGAGGGUGUUGGAGAAUGGGUGUGUCGCUUUUACAGUGAAGAAGGCCUUCUGGGAAACGUAACACAUCGCAUCACUCCUCAGCAUGGUCAUCUAAUUGAGUCAACGAGUCCUUUCUACAACAUAUCAAUGGCGCUCAGUCUCAGCGUUCUCCUCUUUCUUUUGGUUCUGAGUGUGGGUCAGCUAUACAAGCAUCACCAGAGGAGGACACACAUCUCCCACUUUUCUCCACUGGAGACGAUUCUUCACACUAGUUCCAAUGAGUAUGACAAAGGAGAGAAAUGCCAAGAGAAAAAGUGAAGACACAACACACCUGCUUGUAUUUCCACUGCACUUAAGUGUGGACUUUUUUUGUAGAUUUUUGUACAUUAUCUUAUUCAAUGUCUGCUACUGUACAUAAAGACAGUUUACUUUACAGAAUGGAGGAAAAAAAAGACAGAAAACCACAGAUUUGGUGUGAAAUGACUCGUAAUAUAAAUAUGAAGUACAACAUCGAUAAAUUACAUGAAUGUACAUCAAAUGUAAACCACAUUCAAAAGGUUCCAAAAUGAUUAUGUACUACAGGAUGUAGCACAGUGUCUUUACUACACCUCACUACAUUGCUCGUAGUUUUGCUCGGAAACAUCGCCGUACGUCAGAGAUUGGCUGUCGUCUUCCACAAUGCCUACCGGAAAGUAGUUCAUCGUCCCCGUGUCAGCUAAGAAGCAGCCGGACGAGUCCACGUUGUUGCCGUUUGUAAAGGAAGGACUAAACAGGAAGAGAUGCACACACAAAUUAAAAAGCCUAAAAUGAUACAUAUCAUAUUUUUGGGAAUAUAAGGCACACUUAAAAUCCUUUAAUUUUCUCAAAAAUUGACAUAACCCGGUGCACCUAAUGUACGUAUUAAUGCAAUUGUGCUUACCGACCUCGAAGCAAUUUUAUUUAAUACAUGGUGUAAGGAUAAGUGUGACCAGUAGAUGACAGUCGUGCAGAAGAGAUACGUGUGGUCUGCAGAUUGAAACCUGUCCAAUAAAUAACGCUAGCAAGGACCCGUAAGCAAGCAAAGCCAAAACUUUGAUGUUUUAUUGCGAAUCGAGAACAUUAUACACGGUGCUCAAAAAUCUCUCAAGAUAUUUUAAUACGACUUUGGUUUGAUGGAAUGCGGAGCAUUACGGCUACCGUAGUCAGGCAUACUGUGCUUCAACAUACGGGUAAUGUUAUGAUGUAUGUAUAAGCAGUGUUGGCGCUUGGAAUUUUCAAAAUGGUGUCCCAGGGACCCUAUCUAGUCAAAAAAAUGGGGUCCCACAGUCAUUUUUUGGGGUCCCACUUUUCUGUAACCGUUUUGAAAACAAAUGAUAAAUAUAUGCAUUAUCCUGUUAUAUCUUAUAUUCUAUAUUGUGUUUUGGAAAAAGGUUGUCAUAAACGUUACUUAAUUCAUUAAAAAAAAUAAUACAAAAGAAAACACAUUUUUUUGCAUAUGUAACUUUAUUCAGUUAUAAACAUUCAUUUCUUCUUUCCUUCAUGGAUCUAAACUUUACCGCUGCCGGUAUUUUUUGCUAUAUUUUCAUUUAAUAAGUUGUAGGUGUAUUUAUUUCAGUAUAAAAGUGUAAAACGUUUUUUGCUUCGGUCAUGAAAUGAUGAUAAUGGUGUGCCAGGGCAUACAUGCAUAUGACAAAUUGAAUUGAUUAUUCUCACCUGUAUGUGGAUCAUCAGUCGUUUAAAAACCGCCACAUCUACACUUUCAUGGCAAAUAAUGCCAACAAACUUAGAAUUUGGCAAGUUACUUUCAAUGUCAUUUAAUACAGUGGCACGCAAUGCCUCGAGCAUUUCAUCUCUGGCUCCGUGAUGGCCAUAAGCUGUGUGUUCCCCUUUAAGAAUGGCAGUACGUGGGGAGAGUGACGUGUGUAAGUGAGUGGGCAAGUUAGGAGAGGGAGUGUUAGCAUGUUCAGGAGUGUUAAUAGAUUUGUGGAAAACAUAAAUAAAAAGUUGUAACAAAUCGACGGCCUCGUCAUUCCGACCCAAAAGCGGAACUGUAGGGACCCACUGCCGGAGAGUGGAGAGUGUUAUCACCGACAAUAUAUCGGCC